AUGCCUGUUUAUCACAUUGGUAUGUUUAAACUCAAGCCAGAUGCCGACAAAGCAGGCUUGACAGCUAUGAAAAAUGACUGUGAAGCAUUGGCUACCAAGAUUCCAGGUGUGCUGAGUGUCACUGUUGGACCUCCCAUGCCACCAGCUAGUCGUACUGCGGGCUACGGUCUGGCGAUGGUUGUGGUGUUUGAUAAGCACGAGUCGUACAAGGCGUACAUUACGCACCCAGAGCAUUUAAAUGUUAUGCAUUUCAAAGACGAGUUGACAACUGAGUCCUUUUCAUAUCAGCUCGAGUUUUGA